GCACCCAUUUUGCCAUCGAUUUUAUCACACACACUUUUCUCCGCACAUUCAUCGAAAAAGCGCAGCGAAAGCGAAUUAAUCAUCAUCGGCGACGGCGACGGAUCCAUGGAAGUAGGCUUGAAUUUCAAGGAAACUGAGCUGUGCCUCGGUCUCCCCGGCGGCGGAGGCGACAUCGGCAAGACGAGCGGGAAGAGAGGCUUCGCCGAGACGGUUGAUCUGAAACUGAAUCUGCUUCACUCCGACGACUCAGAUCUGAAGGAUAACGUCGAGAAUUCGGCAUCCGGAGUGGGGGAAGCGGUUCCGAUUAAGGAUCCGGUGAAGCCUCCGGCGAAGGCGCAGGUGGUGGGAUGGCCACCGGUGCGGUCGUUCCGGAAGAACGUGAUGGCGAAGCAGAAGAGCGAGGAGACGGCGGCGGCGGCGUUCGUGAAGGUGUCCAUGGACGGAGCGCCGUACCUCCGGAAGGUGGAUCUGAGAAUGUAUCAGAGCUACAAAGAGCUCUCUGAUGCGCUGGCGAAGAUGUUUAGCUCCUUCACCAUGGUUGGUAAGUAUGGGAGCCAAGGAAUGAUAGAUUUCAUGAAUGAGGGGAAAUUAAUGGAUCUGUUGAACAGUUCUGAGUAUGUUCCCAGCUAUGAGGAUAAGGAUGGGGACUGGAUGCUCGUGGGGGAUGUUCCAUGGGAGAUGUUUGUUGAGUCUUGCAAGCGCCUCCGCAUUAUGAAGGGAUCCGAAGCCAUUGGACUUGCACCAAGAGCUGUGGAGAAAUGCAAGAGCAGGUGCUGAAGCAUCUUGUAAUGAUCAUCACUUAAUUUUACUAUUUGUGCGACUUGGUUUGAUCCAACAAAAAACUUGUUUUUCUCUACGCCCAGUAUUUGUUUUUCUUGUAAUCCCUCUUCUUUUUUUGUCAUGUUUCGAUUUUAUUUCUGGGUUUUUUCGUGACUGUGUCUGUAUUUUGUUAUAGUAUAUAUAGAUAUUGAAACAAGAAUCAUAUGUAUUGGACAAGAACGCAAAAUACACUCAUCUGUGUCUGGCUUUGUUAUUGUGCUAUUAUUAUAAUCA